AAACCCGCGCAUUUGCACCUCUGGCAGCAAUAACUUCAACUUUGAAUCGGGGGACUUUACUACUGGUGAUGGCAGCUGCUUGCUUACGUGUUCUUGUGUAUUUGUUCCAGUGCAGACACUGGAUAAUAUUAUUUAUUCAGCAACAUAAAGAAAGGAUGGGACUGCCCUUUGAGCGUUAGCCCUUUAAAAGCCCAGACUGGAGUUUUAGGUGGGCUGAGCUUAUUUGCAGUUCUCGCUCCUAUGGCAACCCAAUAGAUCAGCUUCAUGAAUAUGCACAAUGCCAGAAAGGUUGGGACGAUGGACCCGUGAUGUCAGCGCUUCUUGGAUGCUGGUGCUGUUUGCAUGAUUACAUUGCAUUGUUUGUAACUGACAACAAAUACGGAUCAGAAGAAAGAGGAGAUGCCUCGUUUUUAAUGACCUCCCAGUAUGCCCCAUCGCCCGUCACGUCCCUUACCUGGCAUGUGGAGGUAGCUUCAUGUGUUUUUUAUUUAUUUUGCGCUCAUUGGAUGUUGAGCAUUCCAGUGCCUUUCAACAGGAGUGUGGGGCUGCAGCGGGGUGUACUGUCAGAGCUGCGCGUGGAAGCUUAUUACAAGCGUCAGGUAAUAUUUGAGAUGAUCCGUUUCUUUCAAAUGCACCACAUCCACCCAUGUCAUGUGCACUAGUAUAAGGCUUGCGGUGUCUUUGAUUAGCUCCAGACAGUGCGCUUACAGUCACCGGUAGAGAGCUGUGUCAUUCGUGGCAAUAACAACAGUAACAAUCCGGUUUUAGAUUUUUUCAAUUAUUAUUUUUUUCCCCUAACUGGAAGAUUUUAAUAUCGCAAUGGACAGGUUACAUUCGUCCAUGCGUAAAAGGCUCUACAGUUUGCCACAACACAUAGGGCACAAAGCCUCGAUCAUUGGCGAAGGAGAAGACGGCGACAAGGACACCAGGAGGAAGAGUAUCAGGAUGAAGCCGUUACCUUCGCCGUCCUCCGCAGGAAGCUGCAAAGGCAUCGGGGAGACCAAAAGCGGAGACGUGAUUAUGGAAACGGACAUCGGGAGACCCAUAAAGACCAGCUCGAAUGGGGACUGUAGGAGGUUUGGAGACAGUCUCUCGUCCAUCACUGGACGACAUGUCCACGACUCUGACUCUGCGGAAGAGAGGCGCCUCAUCACCGAAGGGGAUGUAACCCCCAGCGGCGAGAGCCCACCGGGAGCUCUAGAUUGUGGUUCGGAACUGGGAGCGCAAGGCGGAGGUGCACAGCAGGCAUCUCCGGAUGAACAAUCAAGCUUCAUAAAGUUGGAUGGCAUCGAUCAAAUUAUGCCGGACGACGAGAGAUUGUACCAGGCUGGCUUCAUUCAUAGGCAGUUCGGAGCAAUGCUCCAACCGGGGGUCAACAAGUUCUCCUUACGGAUGUUUGGAAGUGAAAAGGCGGUAGAAAGGGAACAAGAGCGGGUUAAAUCCGCCGGAUUUUGGAUAAUUCAUCCCUACAGUGAUUUCAGGUUCUAUUGGGACCUGACCAUGCUGCUGCUGAUGGUGGGCAACUUGAUCAUCAUCCCCGUGGGCAUCACCUUCUUCAAGGACGAGCACACGCCGCCCUGGAUCGUCUUCAACGUGGUGUCGGACACCUUCUUCCUCGUGGACCUGGUGCUGAACUUCCGCACGGGCAUCGUGAAGGAGGACAACACCGAGAUCAUCCUGGACCCCCAGCAGAUCAAGAUCAAGUACCUGCGGAGCUGGUUCGUGGUGGACUUCAUCUCCUCCAUCCCCGUCGACUACAUCUUCCUCAUCGUGGAGACGCGCAUCGACUCGGACUUCUACAAGACGGCCCGCGCCCUCCGGAUCGUCCGCUUCACCAAGAUCCUCAGCCUCCUGCGCCUGCUCCGCCUCUCCCGGCUCAUCCGCUACAUCCACCAAUGGGAGGAGAUCUUCCACAUGACCUAUGACCUGGCCAGCGCGAUGGUGCGCAUCGUCAACCUCAUCGGCAUGAUGCUGCUGCUGUGCCACUGGGAUGGCUGCCUGCAGUUCCUGGUGCCCAUGCUGCAAGACUUUCCUGCGGACUGCUGGGUGUCAAAAAACAAGAUGGUGAAUGACACGUGGGGUCAGCAGUACUCCUACGCCCUGUUCAAAGCCAUGAGCCACAUGCUGUGCAUCGGCUACGGAAUGUAUCCCCCCGUGGGCAUGACCGACGUGUGGCUGACCAUCCUCAGCAUGAUCGUGGGCGCCACCUGCUACGCCAUGUUCGUCGGGCACGCCACCGCGCUCAUACAGUCCCUCGACUCCUCCCGUCGCCAGUACCAGGAGAAGUACAAACAAGUGGAGCAGUACAUGUCCUUCCACAAGCUUCCAGCGGACAUGAGGCAGAGGAUCCACGACUACUACGAGCACCGCUACCAGGGCAAGAUGUUCGACGAGGAGAGCAUCCUGGGGGAGCUGAACGAGCCGCUGAGGGAGGAAAUCAUCAACUUCAACUGUCGGAAGCUGGUGGCUUCGAUGCCCCUGUUUGCUAACGCGGACCCUAAUUUUGUGACCUCCAUGUUGACUAAGCUGCGGUUCGAGGUCUUCCAGCCUGGUGACUAUAUCAUCAGAGAGGGCACCAUCGGCAAGAAGAUGUACUUCAUCCAGCACGGAGUGGUGAGCGUGCUGACCAAAGGCAACAAGGAGACCAAGCUGUCCGACGGCUCCUACUUCGGGGAGAUCUGCUUGCUGACGCGGGGCCGGAGGACGGCCAGCGUGCGGUCCGACACGUACUGCCGCCUGUACUCGCUCUCCGUGGACAACUUCAACGAGGUCCUGGAGGAGUUCCCCAUGAUGAGGAGGGCGUUCGAGACGGUGGCGCUGGACCGCUUGGACCGCAUAGGCAAGAAGAACUCCAUCUUGCAGCACAAAGUCCAGCACGACCUCAGCUCCGGAGUCUUCAACUACCAGGAGAACGAGAUCAUCCAGCAGAUCGUCCAGCACGACCGGGACAUGGCCCACUGCGCCCACCUGCUCCAGACCGCCCCGCCCCCCGCCCCCCCCUCGCCCACGCCCGUCAUCUGGGCACCCCUCAUCCAGGCCCCCCUCCAAGCCGCAGCUGCCACCACAUCCGUCGCCAUAGCCCUGACCCACCACCCCCACCUCCCCGCCACCCUCUUCCGCCCCCCGCUGUCCAUGCUGGGCUCCCUCAAGGAGCCUUCCGGCUGCCUUAAGAGGCUCCACUCGGUGGUGCCGGCCUCCACCGGGCCCAGCUCGGCCGGGGACUCCCCCUUCGGCACACCUUCCAAGCCUCACCCCGGCACGGACACGCCCCUGCUGGCCUCUUUCCGAGCGCAUCACAUGACCUCGGCUUUGAGCCCGCAGGCCUCCGGCGGCAGCGGGCUGCCGGGUCCCAGCGCCGCCUCCACGCCUCCCUUCGGCCGGCUCCCCGUGUCCGACUCCCCGACGUCCGGCGCCGCCGCCGCCGCCGCCCAGCUCCACCGGCAGUUUCCCGAGCGGCAGUCCUUCUCCUGCGGCACCCCGCCUUUCGCGCGGCUCUUCCAGCAGGAGGCGGCCGGAGGGGCCGCGGGAGGAGCCGGCUCCCCCGGCAGUCCCCCGGCCUCCAGCUCGGCCCGCCCUGCGCUGGGUCAGCUGCAGCCUCCCCUGCCCGCGCCUCCGCAGGCCGGGUCCCUGCAGCAGUUCGCGGGCGGGGGCAGGACUUCCAGCGGCUUGAACCUCUUCUGCACGCCCUCCUCGGGCUCCCCGUCCUCCGGGAAGAGCCAGGCGGGCGCGGGCUCCCCGUCCUCCCUGCUUCAGCACGGCCUCUCCGGCCUCCAGUCGGGCUUCCUCCCCCAGCCCCCCCAGGAGCGGUCGGCCCUGGCCUCGCUGGCCCAGUACGGCUCGGGCAGCGCGUCCCCCUGCCGCACCCCGCUGGCCCCCAGCCCCACCGUCCAGAGCCCGGCGGCGGGGAGGACGUUCCGCCACAGCGAGCCGCCGAGCGCCGGCGGGUCCCUCAGCUCCCUGCUGACGCCGCAGAGCUCGUGCGCGGCUCCGCCGUCCGGCCGGCCCAGGCCCGGGGCCGAGUCGCCCCUGGGCUGCUGCUUCUCCCAGGACCUGAAACUCAUCUCCACCUCCCACCCCUCCCUGCCCCAGGAGGUGGCCCAGGCCGCCGGUCGCUCGGCCUCGCGGGAGUCCAUCCCCUGCUUCUCCCCGUUCUCCCCCCCCUCCCCGUUCUCCUCCCCGACGUUCUCGAGCAAGCCCUACAGCUCGGUCCCGGGGCACGUGACUCUUCCCAGGAAAAUGUCCUCCGGGUCCAUACCUCAGACUUCUUCCCCGGGGGCGUCCCCCGCCCUCCCUCCCCGUAGAGGCUCCCCGGCCUACUCGUCCGAACUGGAGUCUGUUCGCUCCAAGCUUCCCUCCAAUUUGUGAGGUUCGAUCACACCCUCCUGUACCCUGGACUGAAAGAAACAACCUUUCAUGUGAUGCCCCCCCCCCCCACCUUAUUCCUAGACUUCACUGUGUUUAAAUUUAGUUAUUUUAAUUCUCUCACUAUAACUGUGAUUUGAAAGAGAACAAAAAGCUUAACCAGGUGACGUAGAGCUCUAGUUUACACUCUUUAUUUUUGCUUUGUCCUCCUCCUUUUUGUCCGUAAAUAUAUAUGUAGCCUGAUAUUUAUGAAUAUUUUGUAUCCAGUGAUAGGAGGGUGUGAGAUGAUGUCCAUCAGGUGAGGCCCCUGAUUUUAUUCAUUGUUAUCUAUGCCAAAUGAACCAACAGGGGCUUCAUCAGAUAGUUCAUAGAAAAAAAAAAUAGUACUUCUUGCAGGGACCUAUGCACUAAAACCUGCAUAUAAAACAUCAUUUUUUUCCCUCCAGUGACAUUUAUCACAUUAUUAAAUAUGAGUUAUGAUCUGUUUUUUUUUCCACAUUUUGGAUCUCCUAUAGUUGAUCCUUGCAUUUAUGUAUUUCAUUUAAAUUUUAUUUAUAGAUAUUACUGACUUUGCGAAAUCUUCCAGGGUGGAUAAACAACUCGAGGAUUAGAAGGAAACCAAAAAGGAUUUCUCUGGGAGUAGAAAAUCCGGCUCUUGUUGUCCUACUUGUUUUUUACAGCAGUAUUGUAGUAAUACCAGAUGUGUUCAGAGGGGCCUGCAGUCCCUCCAUGUUGUUGGUGAAGAGAAGAAGCCGCUCCUGUAGCGGGUCAGCUGCUCUGUGUCCGGCAGCAUCCUUACAAAUUCACACUGUCUUCCAAAAUCAUGUAGUCGCUUUUAAGGGUAAAAAGGAUAGAGCCCUGCUAUCUUGGCGUGUGUGUGUGUGUGUGCGUGUGCAUGUGUGCGUGCGCGCACGCGCGUGUGUGUGUGUGUGUGUGUGUGUGUGUAUGGGCUUCGGCUUCAUGAAAACAGGCUUACUUUUGUAAGCCAAGGCCUUCCCCGACUCUCCAAGCAGAGAUUUGCCUUUUCACGAAACGUAGGACUUCCAUCAAAGUUCUUGUGUAGCCUUGUAUACUCUGAUAACCCACCCACCAACACCUUAAAAUAUGCCAGUUGAAAUUAAAGAGUAAAGGAUACCAGUGGUGACAACGUAAAGCUACACCUGAUUUCUGCAACAUGAAGAAAGCAGAAUGCAUUUUAUCUGCAAUAAGAAUAUAUAUUUGGCAUAGUUUAAAGGUCACAUGUAGCCAACCACUUUACAAACUCUCGACAGGUGCCACACUCCAUAAAUACAUUUUGUGCAUUGCUGAAUGUAGCUGCUAUUAGACAUCAACAAAGACAUUCUCCGUCCCAUUGAAAACCAAUUUUGAGUGAAAGAUUAUGAAUUUAUACACUUAUCAUUUUUAAUUGACAUUCAUAUUAGGCCGAGAACCGUUUUCACAAUCAAAGUUUGCGCAGCACCAUUGUGAAGGGACAUACCUUAAGUGAACUUAAAGCUCUGAUAUGGAGAAGAGUCCGAAAAGGCAAUUAAGUGGGGGGACAGAUGAACGUGUCUUUGGAAUAACUGUUUAGACGCCCGAGGGAAUUCCGUGGUCUACCUGAUCCACGAUGAAUUACUUCAAUUUGCCGAUUGAGCCGUCAAUCAAUAUAAUCAAUAAGCCGAAGGGAACAUAGAGCCCUCCCUCCCAGGUCACUGUAUAUCAUCCGUAGGAUAAUCUCACCUGCCUGGCAGAACUUCCCACAUCAGUUUCACCCCCAGCCAUUCUGAAAAAGCAACCUCACGAGCCAGAACGAAUCAGAAGCCCGCUUUUAGCAGAACUUUGACCUCUGCAGAACCAAGAUCUGCUUGGCCGGUUUGGUCAGUUGGAACUCGUACACAGUGACUCAUAAACAAACAGCUGCAGGCCCUUCCAGGCAGUCCCUGCGUCCUCGUUUCCAAGCUGUGUGAAGAUGGACAAAGUCCUUUAGUCACAUGUCACUUCUGUGUGCAUAAUUGGUGUACAGAUUUCAGUGAGCAGGAGACAGAACUGUAGGCGAUGGACUGUGGACUCUUGCCUUCGAGGUUCGGUAGCAAUAAGGGUAGCGGUCCCGAGGUGUGUCCUUUCCUGAAAAUAUGGUGCUGUGACAAAAAAAAGGAGGAAACAACAAAAUUAUGCCUUUAUUCCAAAAGACAGGGCUCCCAGUGCACUUUCCAAUUCAGUGAUUUUCCUUAUUUUAUUAACAGCAGUGUGCUGUAAAUUUACGGUGUUGUUUUAAUUGCAGUUUUUCUGAGCUUAAUUAAAACACUACCAACCUACCUGAAGUGUUGUACAUUGCUGCAAGCCUGUGACCAGUCAUGUAUACAGUCCAACGGUCAGUCAUGGAAGUUAUUGAAUUAGCACAGAUGCCCAGGCCGUGGGAGUCCGUGGGAACGUUUGCUGUUGAACGCACAGCCAGGGCCUAAAGAAAUCCAAUCCGGUCCAAUCCGCUUGAUGGUGGGCCGGGCUGUUACCCAGGGUAUCGUUUCUGUUUCAUUUCCCCCCACAUUCAGUUGUUAUUUAACAAGUUGUCCUAAACUGGAGCAUGUUGCUGUCUAAAACCUCUGAAAUAUUCAUGCCCUGUCAGUGUCUGUCUGCCACCUGGCACCUGCUCGGAUUGGCAUCCCGAAUUUCAUAAAAAACUCUGUCUUUUCCGACAGACAGACAGGAAGGAAUGACAGUUGACUGAGCAGAUUGUCAGGGCUUCCCAUUAAACCGCGGCGACGGAUAAACGGCACUGAUGCGAAAAAUAAACAAAUGUCCAAAAAUUAAAAGUCGCCUGAUUUGACCGUUGAUAAGUUUGCGAGUUCAGAGGGAGGGAGAGAGCGACGUUUGCCAAAUGGCUUCUGAAGGAUUCGCUUCAGAGAAAGGCUGAGAGGGAGCCAUGGAGAGUGAGAGAUAGAUGCAGCGAGACACUGAUAUAUUGAAAGAAUGAUGUGGUUUGACAGACAGCCACAGGGUGAAGGCAGACAGAUUUCCCAAUUGGGUAUACUCAGUUGGGGGAGAUUCUUGUUCCUGGGACAAUGAAGGCGAGCUGCCCGUGUCAUAUCACUGUUUUUUGACCACUUGUGGAACUUUUUUUUUUUUUUUGGCUGGACCGCAGCAGCGGGGCCAGCCCUACAAACGCGAAUGUCUGUGACUGAGUGACUGAGUGAUGAAGUUACACCAUUGGCCGGCCGGAUCACGUGUGUUGGGUCCAGCCAUAUACUAGGUUUUAACCUGGUCUUGUUUUUUUUUUUGAGGUCAGGCAUCAAUUCAGUUUGGCAGGAGGGGCUUGGGGAACACAUUCCCACAUUCCCGUGGAACACAAGUGAAUGCGGGUUGCGGGUCUAGAAGAGAAAGCUACGGCAUGAGAUAUCCGUGAAGGAGGCUGCGGAUGCGCUAUUUAUAAAAAUGAAAGGUGUUGUGAGUUUAGACCUUGGACAGAAAGGCGGUGCGCUGACACAAACCAAGAGCUGAAACAUUUCACAGUGGGGAGUGUAAAAUGCAUCAGUUGAUUCAGUCUCGAGCUGUCAUGCAGCUCGCGAACGAGUCUCGAGUAAACAGGAAAGAAAGCCAACGCGGUUUGAGAGUUAGCGCCGACGAAGCCUCUGAUUUGGAUUGUUUUGGCAGGCAGGCGCCUCUUUAUUAAGUCACUCUAGCUACAUCCGGAUAAAUUCGGUGCCCUGCUGCACGCUGCCUGCGGAGAGAACAGCCUUUUCAUGCUGGCGGACGCUGCGAGCAAAGGCCUACGUCGGCGGGCGAUGCCGGGUAAUUGUCUUUUUUUCCGGCGGCGCUCCGCAUCGCGGUAAAUGUAGCGUGGGGGAAACCUGGAACCGCUCCGGCUGGCGAAUCCUUGCCUAGUAGCUCGGUCGUGGCAAAUUGUGUCGCGCGGCACGUUCGAUUCCAUUCGGGAUUUUCCUGGUAUCAGAACCUAAUCCUUUCUGUUCUGUGUUUAUUUAUUUAUUGUCUGUUUAUCUCGCCCGCUUGCCCCGAAUCCUUUGAUUCUGGUGAGGUGUGAGGGGAGACGAGCCAGCAGCAGUGCAAUCAGGAGUGGUGAUUAAGGGAUCCGGUCCGCAUUCUUCGGUUAAAUCUUCGGUUUCUCGCCCCUCCCGCCCUCAGAAGUGACAUGUGAGGUAGUCCAGCAUCUCAUUUGUUUAUGUCACUCAUGCCCACAAGCUCUCAUUAUUUACUUGUUGGCACAGUUUUUUUAAAUCUGAACUGAACUGCAUCUAGCCUCUUCUUUACAGCGUAGGAAUGAACAUUUCCCCGUGUACAUUUGUACACCCGUGACCAGAAAGGUUCUUGUUUAGAGAUUCAAUACCUAUACAAUUUAAAUCAGUCACAAUUUGCAUUGCAAUUACAAGUUCUCCAAUUUCUGAGCAAAAGUAAAAGAUGGGUCAUGACUUUGAAGUCAGCUCGGGUUACUACUGUGCAAACGUAAGAAUGAAAUCGGCCUGGGUAUAUAGGCCUACGUUGGCUGUGUUCUUGCUGUAUCCUUUUGUACACGUUCCAUGAGGUUAAUUUACCCAUGCAUUUUCAAGCUCCUGUGAGAGUUACAAGUAAUACAAUACUUGUUUGUAAACAGUGAAUUUUCUUUUGAAAGAACAGACCGUGGUGCUCUUUGAACAACUGCACAGGCAGAACAGUUUGUUGCAGGAGCUGUACUUGGAUAGGAAGUCUCCAAAAAAAGAAAGCCUUCAUGAUUAUUGCCCUUAAUCCCACUGUACUGGCCCAGGUGUGAUUACUGUACUUCAGUGUGAGCCUCAAAAACUGCAAUCUGAGCUCCUUGCUUUUUUCAACCACUGCAAAGCAUACAGUGCAUAUUCUGUUGUUUAUUUGCUUGUUUCAGCUGUUAAUAUUUAUUGAUUUAUGCUACAUGAUUAUAUAUUCCCAAAGAAUUGAUUGUUUUUUGUAUUUAUUUUAGAAGCUUGAGUGAUUCCAGCACCAUUUCAGUUGUGACAAGCAAAGCUCACCAAAUUAUAUGUUUCUACCUUUUAUCAUUAUUGAUAUUCAGAUUUUUUUUUUUAAAGAAAUGUAACUGUUAGCAGUUAUAAUCUCUUCAAUGACACAGAACAUUUACUGGACUUGGAGAGUAUGGACAAUGUCUAUUUCUAGGUACUUAUUUUCUGCUUUGUAACAGAAAACUGUCCUACCUGUUACUGAAGAGACUCAGUAAUGAAGGAGAUCAGUAUUUUUGACCGCUUUGCUAUUGAUCAAUGGAUAUCAAUAUAUUUUUUUUUCUGUGUCAAAAUCCGAACUCUGGGAUAUAGCAAUAAGGGAAUGUGUUAAUCACACUGAUGGCUGCCCGUAGGAGCGUCGUGAACUUUUCCUACUAUAAUAUUUAUGGAAAACACUGUAUUGGAGAGAAGGAAGACGAGAAUAAACUGGGUUGUUUAUAAGCACACGCACAGGAUUAUAUUAAGAGAUAUGAAAUAAAAAUACGAUGAACAGCCA